AUUGCAGCACACAAUAAAGAUACGUGGUACCUAUUAGUUACAAAUAUGUCUUAGAUAUAAAUAUGUACACGAGUAGGUAUAUGGCAUGUACUUAAAUUUAUCAAAAUAUACUUGUUCGAUUUGAAAUAUUUGACGGAUAAGCAUUUCGAUAAUUGGCAAUUUGUAUUACUUAACUGGCAAUUUAGUUUGCCCAGAGCGCUUAGACGGAAAGUUUCCAACGAGGAGUAUUUACAUAUACCGUCAAGAUGUUUUCUGAAAUUCUGGGGAAAAUUACGGCGCGUCAUGUUGCCAUUACAUUUGGCCUAAUAACAACAAUAUUGGUUGUUGUUUUAGUUAUUGUUGCGGUUGAUGACAGCAACACAACCACCAAGCUGAAGGAGACCGAACAGAAAUUGCAAGUUUUAGAAUUGUUCAUACAAUCUCUAAUCAAGGAUACAACCACUGUGAAGCCAGUAGUAACUACGGUGCCAACUACAAUUAGUGGAUGAUACAAAAUUCGGCAAAUGAAUUAUGAUUUAUUUAUUUACUAAGCCACUUCGAACAAAACUCAAUGUCAAUAAUCUUAUGAUUACUAAUUAAAAUUAUUAAAAUCGGACGA